GCUCCGCGAAGCCCCGCCUCUUUGGGGCACCUGAAGUCCUUUGGGGCGUAGGAGGAUUGGGACGCCUGACACCUCUCAGCAUCUGUCUGGCGCCUGCUGCGGAGUUCUGUGUCCUCCUGGUGGACUUGCCUCGUCGCCCAUCUCCUCGCGAAUAACAAAGAAUCUGGAAAAGUUGGAGAAGAUAAAGUAUAUCCAGUAUCCAAAUCAGGAGAUCAACAAGGAAAUGCACAAUUUUGAGGACGAGUUAACAUGUCCCAUUUGUUACAGUAUAUUUGAAGAUCCUCGUGUACUACCAUGCUCUCAUACAUUUUGUAGAAAUUGUUUGGAAAAUGUUCUUCAGGCAUCUGGUAACUUUUAUAUAUGGAGACCUUUACGAAUUCCACUCAAGUGCCCUAAUUGUAGAAGUAUUAUUGAAAUUGCUCCAACAGGUAUUGAAUCAUUACCUGUUAAUUUUGCAUUAAGGGCUAUUAUUGAAAAGUACCAGCAAGAAGACCAUCCAGAUAUUGUCACCUGCCCUGAACAUUAUCGGCAGCCAUUAAAUGUUUAUUGUCUACUAGAUAAAAAAUUAGUUUGUGGUCAUUGCCUCACUAUAGGUCAACAUCAUGGUCAUCCUAUAGAUGACCUUCAAAGUGCUUAUCUGAAAGAAAAGGACACACCUCAAAAACUGCUUAAACAGUUAACUGAUACACACUGGACAGAUCUUACUCGUCUUAUUGAAAAGCUAGAAGAACAAAAAUCUCAUUCUGAGAAAAUGGUCCAAGGUGAUAAGGAAGUUGUUCUCCAGUAUUUUAAGGAGCUUAUUGAUACAUUGGAACAGAAAAAAAAAGUUUUCCUAACAGCUCUCUGUGAUGUUGGCAAUCUGAUUAAUCAAGAAUAUACUCCACAAAUUGAAAGAAUGAAAGAAAUGAGAGAGCAACAACUUGAAUUAAUGACAGUGACAACGUCUUUACAAGAUGAGUCUCCUCUUAAAUUCCUUGAAAAAAUUGAUGAUGUCCGCCAACGUGUGCAGAUCUUGAAACAAAGACCACUUCCUGAGGUCCAGCCUGUUGAAAUUUAUCCUCGAGUAAGCAAAGUAUUAAAAGAAGAAUGGAGCAGAACAGAAAUUGGGCAAAUUAAGAAAGCUCUCAUUCCUGAAAUGAAAAUUUCUUCAAAAAGAAUGCCAUGUUCCUGGCCAGAUAAGGAUGAAAAAGAAGUUGAAUUUUUUAAAAUUUUAAACAUUGUUAUAGUUACAUUAAUUUCAGUGAUAUUAAUGUUGAUACUCUUUUUCAACCAGCACAUUAUAACCUUCUUAAAUGAAAUCACUUCAAUAUGUUUUUCUGAAGUCUCUCUGUCUGUUUACCAAAGUUUAUCUAACAAUCUUAAUGACUUAAAAAACAUACUGUGUCAUACCUUAUAUUUGUUAAAGGAAUUCAUGUGGAAAAUAGUUUCUUAUUGAAAACUUGAAUCAGAAUUGUAAAUGGGCUUAUUGUAUAUAGCAGAAGCUAACCAUUGCUAAUUGGAGAAAUAGAGGUAGUGUUAAUAGCAAACCAAACUUGAGUUGCUACAAAUAUAUAGAAAUGUUAAAACUUAUACUUUUGUUAGAGAUGUCAGAGAUAAAAUUCUAGUCAUAAUUAGAAAAUUAACAAUAAAAAUCUAGUAAUUGAUUUGGAAAUUUGUAUUGGCUUGAAAGAGCUGCUAGGACCAUUUACACAUUCUUAUACCAAUGUUGUCUUUUACUUCAGUGGUUGGCUUUGCAUUUUUCUCUAUAUAAAGUUUUUAGAUUAAUAUAGACGGCAAAAUUCUCAAAAGCUUGAAGCUUUUGAAUGGAUGAGUAAGGAUGGUAGAAGAUUAACAAGCAGCAAAGUCAGUGAUAAAGGACUGCUACUAGAUAAGACUACUCAAAUGUUUUAACACUAUUCAUUCCAAAUAAAGCUACUGCUUUUGGAUAACCAAUAUUAGAGAACAAUGACAACUUCUAAUACUUGUUUUAUAGUUAUGUGAUUUUAAGAUUGUCAUUUGGGAGCUGGGUGUGGUGGUAUAGAACUAUAGUCCUAGUUAUUUGGGUGGCUGAGACAGGAGAAUCUCAAGUUCAAGGUCAGCCUGGGCAAUAUAGCAAGACUCCCCCCCCCCCCCCCCCCACCAAAUGUUUAAGAACCGGGGCUGUAGCUCAGUAGUAGAGCCCUUGCCUAGCAUGUGAUCUCCAGCAUUACCAAAAAACAACUUCUAAUGUUUAGUUUUAUCAGUCAAACCAGUUCUUGGAUAAAAACUGUAAAAACAUGUUACUAGACAGUCAUGUUGAUGAUAUACUUCAUUUCCAACAGAUUUUGAUACUGUUAUGUAAAACUAUAUUCAUCUUAAAAAAUAAAAUUUUGUUAAAUGUACCCAUGCCAAUGCAAUUUUAUAUUCUUGAACUUUUUUUUAAGGGAGCCUACUAAGUCAGAACUCUCUAAUUGAGCUGUAGUUGUGAUGCUUGCAGGAGGACUUUUGGCCCAUUAUCUGAAAUUCUGGGAUUUGCUUUCCAGAAAUCCCAGAAGGGCUGCUCUUGGAUCACCUUUCUGGGAGCCUUACUUGGUUCAGACACUUUCCAGGUCAGAUUAGGUAAUGUUCUAAGCCCUACAGAUUAUAUAACUUUGCUCAGGGAACUAGUUCUAAAGUACUCCUAAGGUCUUACCUGCUGAGAUUAAGUAAAAACAGAUGAUGGCAUUAUAUUGAUCAUUGAUUACAUUAUGAUCACAAUUGGGCUAUACUCAGCAUAAUCACUGUGUGGUCAAAGAACAUCAGUUUUUAGUGGCCAAGACUACUUAAGUAACUGCUUCUUAUAUGCUUAUGCUGUUCUUUUUAUUUUACCAGGAUGAGACUAUACUUCAAGUACAUAAUCUUGAAAUUUUCUUAUGUAUAAAACAACUUUAAUAAACUCCUUUUGGUAUUUUAUUUAUGUUGAUUGGCUUAAUAAGAUGGUCAAAAUCAGGGUAGUAGAUUUGAAAUUUCAUAUGGGUUCUAGGUGUUUUUGGUUUUAACUGUUUAAUAAUUUCAUUUGCUUCUACUCCAAUAAAAAAAAAUCAUCACUGGA